GUGAAAGGCCCAUUUAACUCAAAGACGGGCCCAUUUAUGCAAGAAGUCCUCUUGUCCCCUUUUGAGUUUUGACCGCAGUUUUAAACUCCGUCCCCCAUUUCAUUUCUUUCUUCAACAAAAACCCUAAUCCAAAUCCCGCAAAAUUUCCUUUUCAAUUUUGGUAUUAAUUUUUUCAUUUGCUAUUAUAUUCCGCAGAUUUUCUUCUAUCCCAAUCUGAUGGAGCUAGAACUACUGAUCGGCGGCCGACGAAUUCCGAUCCCAGAAAGCUUCCCGCCACCAUUUCCCCCAUUCCCCGCCGGUGGUAACCUCCUUCCAUCCAUCCCAACUGUCCCAGUUCCGCCGCCGGGCGACGACGACGCGGGAGGCAUGGCUUUCCCUGGCUUUCCUCCGCAGAAGCUGCGCCCUGUCAGAGGGAACCCAUCGAGUUCCGAAGUGAGAAGCGAGAACGGUCUGGGGUUGCUGCAGCAGCAGCAGCAGCGGCCGCCGAUGGCGACCGAUGCGAUGGAGCUGGAGGGCACUUUCGACAAGUUGGGCGUUUUGAUGAACGAGGUCUGCGGGGAAGGUGGCGAAUACUUCCCGUUGCCGCCGGAUGAAGCUGAUUGCGCGACUGUUCUGAGGAGUAUUGCCAACGGCGGCGGGGAAGCGCAGUGCUCUCCCGGGCUUGGGUCUCCGGGAGAAGGGUCCGGUUCGGGUCGGCAGAAUGUUGAGGGGAAUAAUAGCGGGGGUGGAGUCUUGGAGGACGAAUCGAGCUCAUCAUCAUCCGAUGACGAGGAGGGCUCAUCAGCAGAUACAAAGAAGGGUUUGAAUCGGAAGCGGAAGAGAAGAACUCGGGAGAAGAUUGAGCAUUUUGUCGAAAGGUUAGUGAUGGAAGUGAUGGACAAGCAGGAACAGAUGCAUGCACAACUUAUAGAAAUGUUGGAGAGGAGAGAACGGGAGAGAAUCAUGAGAGAAGAAGAUUGGAGAAAGCAGGAAAUGGAGAGGAACAAAAGAGAAGAAGCAGCCAGGGAACAGGAAACCUCGCGUAACCUAGCGCUUAUUUCCUUCAUCCACAAGGCACUGGGCGAUGAUGGAGACGUCAAAAUUUCCGAACAACUUGCUGCCAUUUCGCCAGAUCAAGCUAAAUAUGUAAGCUUUGCCACUCCAUGCGAAGAUAAAGGGAGGUGGUCUGAAGCCGAGAUCAAUGCACUGAUAACUCUCCGUACUCCAGUCGAGCCGAAGUUCCGAAUCGUGGGACCCAAGUGUUCUUAUUUAUGGGAUGGGAUAUCUGCUGGGAUGAAGAAGAUGGGCUUUAACAGGAGUGGGAAGAAAUGCAGCGAGAAAUGGGAGAACAUGAACCACUACUAUAAGAGAUCGAUGGAGAAUAGAGGGAAAAAGGGGUUCAACAGUAACAAGGUUCCUUAUUUUCAUGAACUCAAACUUCUGCACGAAAAGGAGGAAUCCAACUCCUACAUUACCGCCAAUCAGACAUCCCGGGAUGCCAGUGCUGAUGAUGUGAUAGAAAAUCAGCUCGGAAGCUGAAGCUUUUGCUACAGGCUUGGCCACAUCCUUUCUUAUUAAUUAACUAACCAGACAGGAUAUACUGAAAGACAAAUACAGUAGUAGAACAGUCACAAAAAGUGAUGAAGGAUGGAUCCUUCCGUUUUCUCCUUAUUCUUGCUAUGUUUCUUGUGAUGUGUUAGGGGUUAAAUGCAAUGCAGCUUGAUACGCGAGUCGAUUCGGCCGCAUCUCCUACCAGACGAAAAGGGCAAGGAUGAAGGAGUAGAUAAGGGUGGAGAGAGGGACGAGGGAGAGGAUGAAAGCCAAGAUAGCAGGAGGUUGUGGAGCCAUGUAGAGUGGGAAGAUGAAGAGAGAUGAGAGUAGAAGAGAGGCCAUGAGAAAUGAACACACAAUUGUAGAGCCUGAAAUAUUGCUGCUAUUCAUUUUGCCCUCUAUUCUUUUGUUUUAGAAGUUCCUCUCUGGUCAAUUUGGGGUGAAGAUGAAAGAUGGAGAAGGUAUAUGUCUGUGAGCAGGGACACCCUUUUGAGUAAUUCUGUAAAGGGAGUUACAGCAUGGAUGAGAAUUUUGCAUUAAUUAAGAGAUGGAAAUUGUUGAGCAGUUACAGAAUUGGGGAUAUUUAAGGAUGGUUUCAACGAGUUCAAUGCAUUUCUCUUGCUUUCUAAUAUCUUUUUAUAUAUAUACUUGCCAAUUCAUUAAUUAAAUUUGUAUGGGGGGGAGGUUAAUUUAGGGUGUGAAGAUUGUGUACGAAAGAUUUAGGUAUCAGCCUAUCUUGAUGAUUCGAGUUUCUAGAAGCUGGUCCAACAUUCAAUUUCAUAUUAUUUUCGUAAAAUUUGUUGAGUGUAGUAUAUGAGAAAACUCAUUUGCUGUAUUUUGAAAAUUUGCAUUUUCCCUUUGUUCUUUUCUUUAGGCACACAAUUAGGUUAUUAGAGAUUGGUGUAUAAUAUAGGUAGGGUUUUAUUACAUAAGAUGAACAUGUGCAGAAUUUUGCAUGUCUCCUUUUACCGUUUAUGAAGAAUCAAUAUUAAUGGUAAUAAAUCAGCUUGUUUGGAAAUAACGGUUGUAACAAAGUAAUUAUGUCUUAAUAUACAUUGAUUUCUUUAUUACCAAGUUCUCUAGAAUGCAGAAUGCUAGUGAUGAAGAUCCAAUCCAAUGUGUAAUAAGUAUAAUAGACACCAACACAAGCUCUAACAAAAAUUUAUGCAGGAAGACAAUCACGAUCGUUAAAGAAUAUCGAAAUACUUCAAUAAUUAUACCAGAAUAAUAAUAAUAAUAAUAUUAUGUACAUAUCUUAACUUUUAUUAAGAAGCCUAAAUAAAGACUUGAAAAUAAUUGUCGUCCUCCAUCUAUAUUCCAUCAUUAGUGUUUAGGAAGGAAAUUUGGAUGGAAGCACUUAAGUGGUGUUCGAUUCACUUAUUAGAGUUAAGUGGCAUGAGUUCACCAAAUAGAAAGUUUAAGUGGUACUGGCCUAGCGGGUGUAUUUUACCCUCUUAUUGACCCGGUAGGUAUCUGAAAGACAAAGUAAAGAUUCGAAUGUUCG